AUGCCAAAGAUGACGAGCAGGCUCUCCUUCAGCGCACGCAUCAAACGAUCCUGCAGCACCAGCUUGGCCAGACGUGCACCAGUCCUCCGCCGACGAUCAAAGGCUACAACUGCCGGCACUGCUGCCCGGACCAGUGCGACCAGGUGGGCCACCCCGAGUGCUACGUGGGCGGAGGCGGCGGCGGCACCACGAGUCCCGCCACUCCGAGUACCCCUGGAGACCAAGAGUGCACUAGCCCUCCGCCGACGAUCAAUGCAGCCCUCCGCCGACGAUCAACGGCUACAACUGCCGGCACUGCUGCCCGGACCAGUGCGACCAGGUGGGACACCCCGAGUGCUACGUGGGCGGAGGCGGCGGCCGACCACGAGUCCCGCCACCCCGAGUACCCCUGGAGACCAAGAGUGCACCAGCCCUCCGCCGACGAUCAACGGCUACAACUGCCGGCACUGCUGCCCGGACCAGUGCGACCAGGUGGGCCACCCCGAGUGCUACGUGGGCGGAGGCGGCGGCGGCACCACGAGUCCCGCCACCCCGAGUACCCCUGGAGACCAAGAGUGCACCAGCCCUCCGCCGACGAUCAACGGCUACAACUGCCGGCACUGCUGCCCGGACCAGUGCGACCAGGUGGGCCACCCCGAGUGCUACGUGGGCGGAGGCGGCGGCGACACCGCCCCUGGCGUUCCCGGGGUGCCCGAAGGGUUUCCCGGCGGCUUUCCCGGUGGCUUCCCUGGCAGCUUUCCUGACGCGCUGCCGUGA